AUGUCCUGUUUUAAGCUACCGCUCUCUUUAUGUCGCCUCCUGGAUAGGCAUGUGGCCCGGUUUUGGUGGGGGGAUGCUGAUGAUCAUUUUCGGAUCCGGUGGGUGUCCUGGCGUAAUCUAUGCCGUAGCAAGCACGAUGGGGGGUUGGGGUUCCGUCGGUUUGAGCAGUUCAAUCAGGCUUUGUUGGCUAAGAUUGGCUGGCGUAUCCUAAUGGAACCUCAAUCGUUGUUGGCCCAGGUGUACAAAGGCAAGUACUUCCCCAAUGGCUCGUUUCUUGAGGCAUCAGCUAGGUCUCGCCCUUCGUGGGGAUGGCAAAGUAUCCUUUUUGGUAGGGAAUUGCUGGCCCAGGGGUUACGGUGGCAGAUUGGGAACGGGCAGACUGUGGCUUUACUGGACUCUAAUUGGAUCCCUAAGUUGCAGAUGGAGCCCCCUUGUUAUAAUCCUCGUAUUUUGCCAGAAGGGGGGAAGUUACUGGUUGCUGAAGUGAUGCGUCCAGGGGAGGGGUGUUGGGAUGACCUCAAAUUGUGUCAAUGGUUUGAUCCACCCACCUGUCAGGCAAUUAAAACUAUCCCCCUUCUGCGGCAAGAUGUUUUGGAUAAGCUAAUCUGGCAUGGUACGGCGGAUGGGGUUUUCACUGUGAAAUCUGCCUACCAUUUAGCUGUUGACAGGGAUAAGAGGAAGGGAGGUUGGAGAUCGACGGUUGGUUGGAUGGGUAAAGAGGACUGGGUUCGGGUUUGGAAUGCAAACAUCCCCCCGAAACUAAAAGUUUUUCUCUGGCAGAUCUUCAACCGGAUUUUGCCCACCACGGAGGCACUUAUUGAUAAGCAUGUCCUGGUACAGCCCCGAUGUCCUGUUUGUUGGGCGUGUACUGAGUCAAUGGAGCACUUGUUCUUGGAUUGUCCGGUGGCUCGGGCCCUAUGGGAUUACUCUGGUCUUGGGUAUCUAGGAGAGGGUCUUCCGAGACAUACCUUCCCUAUGUUCCUGAAGCGACUUUUGGCCCUCAUUCAUCAGCCUUCUCUGUUUAUGGCUGUGGUGGCUGUCCUUUGGCGAAUAUGGCGGUCUCGGAACUGGGUUGUUUUUGAAGGAAAGCAAUUUGGGUUUCCGGCCUUGCUGCGCCAGUUUCACCAGCAGUAUGAGGAGUGGGUCAGGUUGCCUUUGGAUAAGGGUCCCUUGGUAGUUACCCAGAUGGGGGCUCCGGCUGGGGGUCCUCACCUUCAUCCUACUGGGGAGGACAGUGUUAUUUGUAUGUGGGACAGCGCGGUGAGGCAGGGGUCGCAUUCGGCUGGGGGGGUGGUCCUCCUAACUCCAACUAGAGAGGUUUGGAUGGCUAAGGGGUUUCAGUUUCCUUGCAUAGAUGACCCUAUGGUAGUAGAGCUACUUGUUCUCCGGGAGGCGAUGUGGUGGUGCUUGGAGGCUGGUCUUUCGGGAGUAAGGUUUGAGGGGGAUGCGAAGGUGCUUAUUGAUAAAAUCAAUCAGAAGGAUGCUAGGGAUGACCGAGUUGGAGCUGUGUUGGAGGAACUCCUGCAGAUUUGUAGCAGCUCUCCUGGGUUUCGUGUUCGAUUUGUAGGUCGGCGUAGUAAUAGGGUAGCCCAUCUGGUGGCUUGUAAAGCCCUUUCGUUGUACCCGACUGGGAGUCGUUUCUUUGAUUUUCAGGCCUGGUUGAAUUCCAGGUUGUAA